UCAUACUCUCUCUCUCUCUCUCUCUCUCUCUCUCUCUCUCUCUCUCUCUCUCUCGGAUUAAGGCCUUGGGUGUAUUUUCAGCCAAGAAGGCUUAUGGGAUCUCUGAUGAACAUGGUCAUAAUCCUCCCAGAGAACAAAACGAUUAAUUUUCAUGAUAACAGAGAAACAAAACUCAGUUCUUGAAUCUUAGCCAUGCAUUUGCAUGAUUUGCUUAUGAUAACAAACUUCAGUAAUAUUGACAUCUGGCAGAUUUAACUGAUGGACUCUGUCUCUCUCUCAAUAGGAUUAUGACGGUGGGUUCAUGUAGAUUAGGUGGUCUGUUCACUGUGGCCUUUAAAUCUCUCUGAUUAGAGAGUAGACAAACACUGACAGAGCGAUGUCAGAGACAGUCUGGUGUCACUUUAACCCUGUAAUCACUGUGAACUGGGUGCGUGGAGACAGAUAACAGCACGGUGAAGCUGCAGGACGUGAACUCAUGAUCGGUUCGGUUCUGAGGCCAGCGAGACGCCGUCACUGAAGGUCUGAGAAUAGAAGCUGUCAUGGUGGACCUGUUCCUGGGGAAGGUUCUGGUGAAGAACAAUAAAGACCGAGACGAGCUGGACACGGAGCGUGAGAUCGUCCUGCGGCUCCAGAACCGCAUCCUCAUGCUGUUCUUCGGCUCCGGUGAGUGUGAGAAGUGCCAGGAGUUUGCACCGACACUCAAAGACUUCUACAAGAAGCUCACGGACGAGUUCUACGUGGAGCGAUCGGCUCAGCUGGUGCUGCUGUACAUCUCUCUGGACUCGUCCGAGGAGCAGCAGGAGAAGUUCCUGAAGGAGCUGCCCAAACGCUGCCUGUUCCUGGCUUAUGAGGACCCCUACAGACAGGAGCUGAGCGAAAUGUUCGAGGUGCAGGAUCUGCCCAGGCUGGUGGUUUUGCGUCCGGACUGCUCUGUUCUCACACCUGACGCCGUGGAGGAAAUCUGUAAACUGGGGCCGGACUGCUACCGCAACUGGCAGGAAGGGGCGGAGCUUAUCGACAGGAACUUCAUGAUGAACGAGGAGUUCGACGAGGGCAAAAUGCGCAGCAUGACCGACCCCAUCCGACGAGUCAAAUACAAGGUGGAGGACAAGAAGAAGAAGAAGAAAAAGAAGAGAAAGAAGAAGGAUGGGGUGAGUGUGGAAGAGGAGGAUGAGGACGAGGAUGGAGAUGAAGAUGGAAAUGAUGGAGGAGGAGGUUGGGGCUGAGGUUAGGACAUCUGAUGCUCUGAUAACUAUUAGUGAAAGAAGCCACGAGUAAGAGUUGAUUACACAUCGCUGAUCAGAUCAAAUAGCAGCGCUGAGAGAAGAAAGAUGGAUGUUCUGCAGCAGUUCUCAACCCUUCAUCCAAGCCCCAUCAAUGUCCACAACAACAUUUGAAAACUAACAUGUUUCCUCUGGAAAGACAGAUGCUUUUAUUUGACAGAAACUGUGUUAGAAACUAUCAAUUUCCAGUUGUUCAUAAUUCACUGGAUUUGUCUUAGGCAUAAGAUAUUGAUAAGACGUUUUUAUCCUUAAUAUUUGAUUUCACAAAUGAAAGAAUUUACAUUUACUGUGCAUGCCACAGGUUAUUUUCUGCCAAAUCAUGUUAAUCCAUUAACCUGGAAAUUCAUAGUAAAUGUUUUAACUGUUUUUAAAGGGGUGAACUAAAAUAAAAAGUAUCUUGAUUUUUAUCUUUUUAAAUAACAUUAAGUCCUAGAGGCCCCUUUUAAAGUGUACUGAAGACCCCAGGUUGAGAACAACUGGACUACAUCGGCUGCUCAGUGACUGAUAGCUGAGCUCAGUUUCUCAAUUCAAGGAUCAGUUACUUCUUUUCAAAUACAUCUCUACAUUUCCAUGUCAUAGGUGUUCAUCUAUGAGUAUACAGUAUCACUAUAAGGAUCAUCAGAUGACUGCUGUUACAUAAAUGUAUACAUAAAUGCUCUUUUUUUUUAAAUGCAUGCUUUUUAUCAACAUUUGGAUUACUA